AUGGGUAAAGUAUCCCGCCCUAUCGUACUGCUAUACAUCUCCGCUUCAAGAUAUCCCAUCUCAAUGAAAGCGAUUCAGGCCUCACUCCUCUCUCAUAGCGAUUUAGGGUUUUUUGGUUCCACAGAGCCCAAAUCAUUCGAACUAGAAACCUUCAGGUACUAUCACUACAAGAUAUGUCGACUCUCGAACGAAGAUCUCACCUCGCCUCCCCUUGACGACAACAUCAGGUCCGAAGACCUUAGGAUUACUUCUAUUGCUGUAAUUUACAAGCCCUAUGUCUUAUUAAGGAACAAACUUCCAUUCUUGUUAAAUCCUUUUUUCUUCACGACUGCAACUUCAUCCCAAAGAAGCCUAACCGUCAAGAACUUCAUCCCAAUUACUCCCAUCAGGGCAUCGUUUGAGAUGCUAAAGCAAAAAAUGGGUCAAGUAUUCAACAAAGUGGGGAGACAAAAUUCUACCAGAUUCUCUUCUGAACUUGUCUAAUGAAG